AGAAAGUAUACGCCGCUGGCGUUAUGCUCUACAUCCUUCCGAAAACCAUUAUAUCGGUCGUCUUAGCCCGCACAUUAAAGUCUUAUGGAGUGUCGUUCAAGGACCAUGUUUUGAGGUCUAUCAUACGAGGGGUGUUGUUCAGCUUCCCACGAGCUAUCCUUCGAGCUCCAGGUGAGGCACAAGUUGAGAAGGUCCUGGCAUCUCCCAGAUUCUCUGCUGUACGGAAGAACCUUGUCGAACCCGUGAAAACGAGCGCAUUCUCUGGCUACUGGAUAUGCCAGGGCUCAAUCUCAGCCAAAAAGGAACCCCAACGCGCCGAUGUCACCCUUCUCUUUGGCCACGGGGGAGGUUAUGUACUGGGACACAUAGCGCAAUGGUGUUGUUUCCUGGUCUACAUUGCCGAAAUAAUCGAAACCGAAGGGCUCAGCGUGAGCAUACUUGCGCUUGAUUACUCUCUAGCUCCGGAGGCACCAUUCCCGACUCAAAUGAACCAGGCUCAUGCAGCCUACUCAUUUCUACUCGACCUUGGAACUCCAGCGGACAAGAUCGCCUUGAUCGGGGACUCUGCAGGUGGUAGCCUUAUGAUGUCGCUCCUCGCAAGCCUAGCUAUCCCGCUUUCUCCUUCUACGACCACCUUACCGAAGCCGCUAGGAGUCUAUCUUCUUAGCGCCUGGCUUUCGUUCAAGCACACUAGCCCAACCUUCUCAACAAACGCUAGUAUCGAUGUCCUCGACAAAAGAUUCCUGAACAAUUGCGCCAAUGAUCUUCGGGCAGCUUCAUCGCACUCACACAAAACGAUAGAAACUUACACAGAAUUCGUCCAUCCAGUACCUAGUAGACUCCCCCUGUCGAAGAUUCUACCACGCACGGUCUGGGCCUCAGCAGGCGCCGAUGAGGUCUUCAGAGCGGACAUAGAGGCUUUCGCAAAGCUAGCUACUGAAGCCGGUGCGGAUGUGACACUCAAGGUAGCCGAGGGCAAGGCACAUGAUUGGGAGUUUGGGGACGUGGUUGCCAAAGAAGCGGAUUUCUUGAAGACUACUGGGGACUUGGGGGAAGAUUUCGCUCCGGGAGCCAAGGUGCUGGCUUUGGCGAUUGUCGAUGCUGUGAAGAAACAAAAGAGCUCAAGUCCUCGACUAUGAGACAUUUCGGGAUGGCCAGAGAAUAGCCAGAGGUCUGUGUAUCCCUGGAACUGAGUCAUGGGAGACUGAUUCUGUCUUAACCUCCUCGUGCUUCUUGGCGUUUGUAUAUCCAGAUACUUUUUUGGUUUUCUACACAUUAUCCGAGGUGUAUAUUGGAGGCUACUUUCACUAGGACUCCAUUCGAACCUUCUCAACCUCAGAAAUAACUUCACGGAGAAACAGAGACCGAAUAGCGAGGAUUAGGAGCCACCUAAAAUUAGUUCUAAAAUCUAAACCACGAGGCGUACCGAAAAGCGGGCCAAUCCCCCCACCCCCACAAUACGACGCCUCCAAGGGUUCUC